AUGUUCAGCUUAGAGUCCCGCCUGAGGAAUAUAGACAUCUAUUUCAUAUUCCAAUUUCUGAAAAGAGCUGCAUCAUCUCGUCCAGAAUCCAUGAAUAAGUACGAAGGCAAUAAAAACUAUGGUGCCUCCUUUGAGGUUUUCAUGAGGUACGUGGAUCCGUUCUUUUAUCCACACAGACUGACUUACAAAACAGUCUAUUCCUUAUUAACCGCCUGUAUCGAGGUUAAUAAAGAUGAGAAUAUGGUCCACUAUCCAAAGGACCUGCCAACCCUUUUAAUUCACUCAAAGUGGGAUAGGACAUGUGAUAUCAAGGGGCCAAAGGAUAUUUGUAGCAAGAUUGGAAAAUCUUGCAAACUUGUAGAUUUAAAUAGUACAUGUCACUACUUGCUGGUAGCACAGAUUUCUUUUAAUGCAGCGCGACAUAUUAUGGCAUGGUUGUCAGAACAUGGCUGA